AUGGGCAUGAAACACUCUUCCCGCUGCCUGCUCCUAAGGAGGAAAAUGGCGGAGAACGCUGCCGAGAACACCGAGGUCAGCAGUGCACCCUCUCAACCUCCUCAGCCUGUAGUGGCUCCCAAGCCAGCACAGUGUGUCCAUCAUGUAUCCACCCAGCCCAGUUGUCCUGGACGAGGAAAGAUGUCUAAGCUGUUAAACCCAGAAGAGAUGACCUCCAGGGAUUACUACUUUGAUUCCUAUGCUCACUUUGGGAUUCACGAGGAAAUGCUAAAGGAUGAGGUGCGCACACUGACCUACAGAAACUCCAUGUAUCACAAUAAACAUGUGUUUAAGGACAAGGUGGUGUUGGAUGUUGGAAGUGGCACAGGGAUCCUUUCUAUGUUUGCUGCUAAAGCAGGGGCCAAGAAGGUGUAUGGGAUCGAAUGCUCCAGUAUUUCUGACUACUCAGAGAAAAUUAUCAAGGCCAACCACUUGGACAACAUCAUCACCAUAUUUAAGGGUAAAGUGGAGGAGGUGGAGUUGCCAGUGGAAAAAGUAGACAUCAUCAUCAGUGAGUGGAUGGGUUAUUGUCUUUUCUAUGAGUCAAUGCUUAACACAGUGAUCUUCGCCAGGGACAAGUGGCUGAAACCUGGAGGGCUUAUGUUUCCAGACCGGGCAGCUUUGUACAUGGUAGCAAUUGAAGACAGACAGUACAAGGACUUCAAAAUUCACUGGUGGGAGAACGUGUACGGCUUUGACAUGACCUGUAUCCGGGACGUCGCCAUGAGAGAACCCCUGGUAGACAUUGUCGACCCAAAGCAAGUGGUGACCAAUGCCUGUUUAAUAAAGGUCUGCUCUUGCCAUCAUUCAUUGAGUGCAAAAUUUCCAACUAGAAGAGAUCUUAGAACAGGGGUUCUCAACUUUUUCUGUGUUGAAGAACCCUUCAGUGCCCCUGAUGCUCCUUAUACCCACUGGAAGCAGACAGUUUUCUACUUAGAAGAUUAUCUCACUGUCAGGAGGGGUGAAGAGAUCUAUGGGACCAUUUCCAUGAAACCAAAUGCAAAAAAUGUGCGGGACCUUGAUUUCACAGUGGACUUGGACUUUAAGGGACAGCUGUGUGAAACAUCUGUUUCUAAUGACUACAAAAUGCGUUAG